GGUCCGCGGGAGGAGGGGAAUAGGGGCCUGGACUCUGGGGUCCUGGGAAAGCGGUGGAGGACAUGGAGCCUCCGGGGAGGCGGGAUCUGACUGUAUUGGAAAAAGUUUUCCCUGUUCCCGGCCUCCGGAAAGUCACUGGGAACUUGAGUUGGAUCAGAGCCCACGGCGCACGGGGGAGGGGAGGGGCGGGGCCCGCUGCCGGAGGGGAGUCGCCCUGGCCGGCAAGCCCCUCCCCUGAUGGAGGUUGUGGGAAGCUGGGGGAGGGGACGCCUGGGCCCUUUGUUCUGGCUCUUCUGAUGGCAGGGCGCCCCUGUCCCCCAGCUUGUGGUUCUAUGGGUCUCUCCUGGUCUCGGCCUCAGCUGCUGCCCUGAGUCUCUGUCCCUGCCCUUUCUAGGUCUCCGUCUCCCUUUCUCUGGGUCUCUGUUGCCCUCUCUCUGAGCCUCUGUCCCCCUCUCUCUGAGUCUGUGUCCCCCUCUCUCUGGGUCUCUGGUCCCCUCUCUCUCUGGGUCUCUGUCCUUCUCUCUCUGGGUCUCUGUCCCCCUCUCUCUGGGUCUCUGUCCCUCUCUCUCUGGGUCUCUGUCCCCCUCUCUCUGGGUCUCUGUCCCCCUCUCUCUGGGUCUCUGUCCCUCUCUCUCUGGGUCUCUGUCCCCCUCUCUCUGGGUCUCUGUCCCCCUCUCUCUGGGUCUCUGUCACCCUCUCUCUCUGGGUCUCUGUUCCCCUCUUUCUCUGGGUCUCUGUCUCCCUCUCUCUCUGGGCCUCUGGACCCCUCUCUCUGGUCCCUGUCCCCCCCUCCCUGGUCUCUGUCCCCCUCUUUCUGGUCUCUGUCUCCCCCUCUCCCUGGGUCUCUGUCUCCCUCUCUUUCUGGGUCUCUGUCCCUCUCUCUGGGUCUCUGUCCCCCUCUCUGGUCUCUGUCCCCCCCUCCCUCUGGUCUCUGUCCCCUCCUCCCUCUGGUCUCUGUUCCCCUCUCUCUCUGGGUCUCUGUCCCCCCCCUUGCUGAUCUCUGUCCCCAUCCCCUCUCUGGGUCUCUGCCCCCCUCCCUCUCUGGGUCUCUGCCCCCCUCCCUCUCUGGGUCUCUGCCCCCCUCCCUCUCUGGGUCUCUGCCCCCCUCCCUCUCUGGGUCUCUGCCCCCCUCCCUCUCUGGGUCUCUGCCCCCCUCCCUCUCUGGGUCUCUGUCCCCCUCCCUCUCUGGGUCUCUGCCCCCCUCCCUCUCUGGGUCUCUGUCCCCCUCCCUCUCUGGGUCUCUGCCCCCCUCCCUCUCUGGGUCUCUGUCCCCCUCUCUCUAGACCUCCCCUCAGUCUUACUUGGCCCCUCUUCUUUUCUGGCAGCUGCUGCUCACAUCCUAGCACCUGUUCUUGGGGUGGGACAGGGGAAGUUUCACCCACACCUUCCUUCCCCACCACUAACUUUUGCCUCCUGUCUUCUUUAAAACCCGUAAUUCAUACCCGAACCUUUAGCCUUCAUGGCCCUCGGCAUUACUCUGGGGCCCAGAUGGGGGAACCCCGGGCUGGGGCCGCCCUGGACGAUGGCAGCGGCUGGACGGGCAGUGAGGAAGGCAGUGAGGAGGGUACCGGCGGCAGUGAGGGGGCUGGGGGUGACGGGGGCCCGGAUGCAGAGGGGGUGUGGAGCCCAGACAUUGAGCAGAGCUUCCAGGAGGCCCUGGCCAUCUAUCCACCCUGCGGCCGCCGGAAAAUUAUUUUGUCUGAUGAAGGCAAGAUGUAUGGUCGGAAUGAACUGAUCGCCCGCUACAUCAAGCUGAGAACGGGGAAGACCCGAACUCGAAAACAGGUUUCUAGUCACAUCCAGGUUUUGGCCCGAAGGAAAUCAAGGGAAAUCCAGUCCAAGUUGAAGGACCAGGUUUCCAAGGACAAGGCUUUCCAGACAAUGGCGACCAUGUCCUCUGCCCAGCUCAUCUCCGCGCCUUCUCUGCAGGCCAAACUGGGUCCCACUGGUCCUCAGGCCUCUGAGCUUUUCCAGUUUUGGUCUGGAGGAUCUGGGCCCCCCUGGAAUGUUCCAGAUGUGAAGCCAUUCUCACAGACACCGUUCACCUUGUCACUGACUCCCCCAUCUACUGACCUCCCAGGGUACGAACCCCCCCAAGCCCUCUCACCCCUGCCCCCACCUACCCCAUCGCCCCCAGCCUGGCAGGCUCGGGCCCUGGGCACCGCCCGGUUGCAGCUGGUAGAGUUCUCAGCCUUCGUGGAACCGCCAGAUGCAGUUGAUUCUUACCAGAGGCACCUGUUCGUGCACAUCAGCCAGCACUGCCCCAGCCCUGGAGCGCCGCCGCUCGAGAGUGUGGACGUCCGGCAGAUCUACGACAAAUUCCCCGAGAAAAAGGGUGGCCUCCGAGAACUGUAUGAUCGUGGCCCCCCCCAUGCCUUCUUCCUGGUCAAGUUCUGGGCGGACCUGAACUGGGGCCCAAGUGGUGAGGAGGCAGGGGCCGGUGGCAGCAUCAGCAGUGGUGGCUUCUACGGAGUGAGCAGCCAGUAUGAGAGCCUGGAACACAUGACCCUCACCUGUUCCUCCAAGGUCUGCUCUUUUGGCAAGCAGGUGGUGGAGAAGGUGGAGACGGAACGGGCCCAGCUGGAGGACGGCAGAUUUGUGUACCGCCUGCUGCGCUCGCCCAUGUGCGAGUACCUGGUGAAUUUCUUGCACAAGUUGCGGCAGCUGCCUGAGCGAUACAUGAUGAACAGCGUCCUGGAAAACUUCACCAUCCUCCAGGUGGUGACAAACAGAGACACCCAGGAACUGCUGCUCUGCACCGCCUAUGUCUUCGAGGUCUCCACCAGCGAGCGUGGGGCCCAGCAUCACAUUUACCGCCUGGUCAGGGACUGAAGGGGGACCCCAAAACUGGCUCACCCCCAGAACACCCUCCUCCCAGGGAGGGUCCUCCAGCUCACCUCAUGCUUCUUAUUUGGGGAGAGGGCUGUGAUGUAAAGGGGUUGACCUCAGAGGCCUAAGCAACUGGGGCCAUCCCCCCCAUUAGAGGGGCCCCCAAAACUUGGUUGGAGAGCUGAACAGGCUGGGACUGAGGAAAGGAUAAACCCCGAUAUUGGGACCUCACAGUGGGUGUCUGAAAGGACAGAUCACUCCGGAGUAUCAGGGAUUGUGGGGACAGGAGUGAGACAACCCCCCAGGUACAGCACUGGCUUUUCUUUUCAGCCCCUGACAGGCGCCCCCCCCACCCCCCGCCCGCCACUCCUCUGCAUGUCUUGGAGAGCGCUAGUUACACAUUGGCUUGUCCCCUUUACUUUUUCCCAGCCACCCCUCCCCCUGAAAUUUCUGCCCCUCUCUACCACCCUCACUCCAUGACCUGUGAGAUCACAAAGUGAAGAUGAACCCUUUCUGUGCAGGAGCAGAGCCAGGUGGGCCCUGGAAAUAUUUUUUUUUUUUAAUAUAACGAGAUAUUUAUAAGUGGGUGCUAGGGUCUUGACUUUAUCUCCGCUGCACAAGCAGUGUGUUGAACUUUCUAAUCUCAUCCCUCUCCUAAGUGAGCCCUGAGCUAGACGGUUUCCUUCCUCCCCUCUCAAAGUUUGUUGGUUUGUGUUCUGACAGAGGAUAAAGCUAUUUUACCAAAAA